AUGGACCGUACUCGAGAUAUGCCUCCUUGCGCCCGUCUUAAAGUUGGGCACGCUUGCUACACAUGCAGAACCAAGAAGAUCAAAUGCGAUGGAAUUAAGCCAUGUAUGCAGUGCAAAGCGCGUGGGCGUAUUUGCGUGUUCAGUAAGGACGGCGUAAUCGACGCUGGGUGUGAGGAAAGCGAAGAAGACAAAGACCAUGAAAUGGAAAAUGAGGAUUCAGAUUCCUUUCUUUUUUCAACAACUAUGUCCACUGAACAAGAGCAAAAACAACAAGCGACAAAAAAUUGUGAAACUAUUACUAGCCACGAGAUGGCGUUACGUGCCAAAGUUCUUCAAACGAAAGAUCCAAAUCAUCCAAACUACACGUGUUUUUCCUCCCAAAAUGCAUCUAAAAGCCAAAAUUCCGGCCAUUUAUCUCACAUAGACCUCUUUGGAGAUUUCAUCAAGUGGUCCACCGAACCUCUCCCUCCUUCAAAAUACUGUGGUUCAACUACUAUGCCUCCGGUUGAUAUCCAAUUACGUCUGUUAGAGAUUUUUUUCGCCGAAUGCUGUGAACUAUUGCCAAUACUCCCAAAACAGCAUUUUUACCAACAACUGAACUCCAAGGGCCCAUUAAUCACACCUUUUCUUCUCAACACCUUAUACAUGAGUAGCUGUAGAUUCGCUAAAUGUCUCGGCGAAGGUUACACCCCCGAGCUAUUUUACAACAGAGCCAGGCGACUCUUGGAUGAUUUUAUGGACAUUCCACGAGUCAGUACUGUCAUAGGUCUUGUCUUACUUUCAAUUUAUGAACCCGAACCUUCCUCGAACCAAAGCGCCACUAAUCACUGCCGUGCUUGGAUGUACAGUGGAAUGGCUAAUCGUAUGUGUCUCGAGCUGGGACUCAAUUCAGAGAAGAACGUCGAUGCAGACCUACCAAGCCAAGAGCUCGAAAUGAGACGACGUGUUUUUUGGGGGUGCUUCUGUCUAGACAAAUAUCAAAGUUCCGCAUGGCAAAGACCUUGGAUGAUCUGUGACACAGUCGCACAGGUAUCUAUGCCAAGACGUCUGGAUGAGGAAGAUGAAGACACCGCCAAAUUUAUUCAAGGGCUUGGCGUGAAAAUAGAUCUUACUCGUUUAUGCGAAGCCGGUAUCAAACUCAGGGCAUCCAUUGGGUCAAUGGCGGGCCAAAUAAGUAGUUUAUCUUCAAUCGAAUCUCGGUUAAGAGACCAACGCUCCAAAAUGACCAAUUGGUUAGACACGCUACCUCGAUCUAUGAAAUGGACGGUUCCGCUUAUAGUAAACAAUAGAAUGGCAACAACAGAAGACAUUGACCAACUCAACUUCAAAGGUUCCAUUGUAUCGGAUCUCCACCUAGUGUACAAUAUCAACUUGCUAGACUGUCUGCUUUCCAUGAAAGAAGAUACUUUCAUCCGCUACCAUCGAUUCAUUACUGCAGCACAUCUAACUCAUCUUGCUCGUCAGCUCACUUCACAUCCAGCAAAAGUGAUGAAGUUUGAAAUGGUGGGACAUGCGGCAAUCAUGGCUAUCAAAGUGUACACUUGUUACCUCUACGAUGUUACCGUUGACAUAUCUAGAAAGGCUUGGUUGAUGUACGACCAGUGUAUUGCUGUUCUUUUUGAACUACAAAAAUAUGUAACAAUUCCCAAAUGUACUCAAGUUCUUGAACAUUUCUUGCAUUUCAAGCCAGGAUUUACCCAAGCUACUCAGAAUAUUGUACCCGACACACUUUUUCCUGAUAAUAAUAUUGUAUGGAAUAUCUCUCAAGAAAAUAUUGCUGACUUCUCGCGAGAAUCCCUUCGACAAUCAAGCAGCUGUCAGACGAAUUCGGUUAGAACAUCAGAGUCUAACAAUGAAAACGUGAGACGACCAGUAUCGGAGCCUUGGGGGAUAACCAGUUCAAACGCCCUCCAGAAUACACCAAUCGUUCUAUCUCAACAAAGCUCCCAAGAACAUAUUCCUAUUAAUUCUAUUGGAACGGAAGGGGAAACUCAUGCACUGUUCACUACCAAUGCAACAACACUCCGCACACCGAUUUAUGGGACCCAUUCAGAAAUGUUGAAUAACCAGUUGCCAAUCUCUGUUCCCAACCUUUCAUCUCCGUAUUCACUCACACAAGUGUUAGAUCCUAUAGGAAGUUAUACAAAUUAUUCACCAGUUUAA